AUAGCCUGCCCAUAAAUGCCUGGUAUUGCAGAUGUCAGGGAGAACAGUGAUCCACAGCUACCCACCAUGCCUGCUACACACUGGGCUUUUGUUCUCAUCUCUCUGCUGUCCUUCAGCGCAGCAGCACCAACAGCAGACAACUGCAGCCAGCUGACCCAGCCUCUUCUAGCUAACGAGCUUCACCAGAUCAUGGGCAGGUGGAUCUUUAUUGAGGGGCUUGCCACUAAUGAUAGUUUGGGUGACAGUUUGAGGUAUGUGGAAAGUACGUGGAUGGUGCUGAAAACAACAGCAGACAGUCGGACCCUGCAGGUAGAGAUAGCUGGCCGACUGGUUCAACAGCUGCAGCCAGUGCCGCAUGUUCCAAAGAUGGAAGACACCACCAUCCCGACCGAUGUCCAGGGACCUGACAAUUCUUCAAUCCCUAGCUCCCACCCUGUUGGCAGUAACUCACCCGAUCUGGACAGCAUGAAGGAGGAUCACUGUCUCAGGAAUGCUCAGAACAUGUCCCUGAUUGAUGGCAAAGAUUUAGAGUUACACAUGAAACUGGCCAGUUCCCAUCACAGGCUCCUGAGGACCUGCCCUGACUGUCUACUCAUGCACACCUACUAUAAAGGAAACAGCCACCAAUUGUUCUACUUGUUUGGGAGGAAUAAGAGAGUGUCAGCUUCUGAUCUGGAGACCUUCAGAAAACAAGGCGAGUGCCUCAAGCUUCCCCCAUCACCAAAGUUUCACUACGACCCCAACAAUGAACUGUGUCCUGUACAGGAAAAGAAAUCAGAAUCCACACCACCGCAAAGCAUCCCCUAACAGAGCUUUUAAUAACAGUGCCACUAAUAUUGUCAGUCUUCAGCUGUUGAUUGAUUUGUUUUUAUUAAUGAUUAGUUGAAAUAAAGGAAGAAGAAGAAGAGAAGUUUGGAUUUUAAUCCAAAUUUUUAAGCACUGAUCUGAGAAAUUGAGGAAUGCUGCACAGUUACACAGCAGCGACCUGAUGAGCAAGUCGAAACCCUGCUUUGCUGUGUUUUUAGACUGUUAUGGGGGUCAUACAGCAUAUGAUAUAUAUUGCAUUCACUAAAACCUGAAACUAGUGAAUCAGAUGAUAAACUCAGCUCAAAGGUGUUCCUGAGAUCACAGGUCAUGGGAGCCAAAGGCAAGAGGAUUGGACUUUAUACAGGAGUUUCUCUGCAGUGUUAACCAUGUGUUUGGUCAAAAUUCAUUUGAAACAAGAAUCUGUCAGAACUUUUGGGAUUUUAUUUGUUAUUAUCUUUCUGGUUUAUGUGUCAUUUUUUUUUUUCCUGUGCAUAAACUAAUGAAUCAAGUGGCUGGUAUUGUCAACUAA